GCUGACGCCUUCUUCCGGCAGCCUUAGUUUCUUCCAACCCGUACAGCUCCCUGUUCCGCGAGCAUACGUCAUCGUUCUCGCUUUCCGGUAGCUAAGGCGAUCAGCGGGACUUCCCACUGAGACGGGCGGAUGUUAUGUUGUAUCAGGGCGAACCUCUGAGGAGCGCUAGCUGCGCUUAGGCCACGGUGCGGCAGGCGCCGGGGUUUUCUGAAACAGAAACGUUUAGGGGUGUGGAAACGUGUUCCGAGGAACUGUGGUUUUGAAGUGCGAUACACACUUGUCUUGCCCUGUUCCAAGAUGGUGGCAGGGCUUCUCUGAGUCUCUCUCUUCCGCCAGUCCGUUGGAGAAGCGCUCUUUGAUUGGCCAGUGGAUAGCGUCGUGGCAUGACGCGCUGGGGCGCUGGCCAAUCGGUUGAGAGCUGAGCUGGACUUGGCGGUGGGAGCCGGGGCCUGGCUGUUGCAGCUGUGGGUGAGGACGGCUCUAGCUAGGUGAGCGGUUCCGGCCAGUUCCCUUUUAGACUAUGGCGACAUACCUGGAGUUCAUCCAGCAGAAUGAAGAACGGGAUGGUGUGCGUUUUAGCUGGAAUGUGUGGCCUUCCAGCCGGCUGGAGGCUACAAGAAUGGUUGUACCCCUGGCUUGUCUCCUUACUCCUUUGAAAGAACGUCCAGACCUACCUCCUGUACAAUAUGAACCUGUGCUUUGCAGCAGGCCAACUUGUAAAGCUGUUCUCAACCCACUUUGUCAGGUUGAUUAUCGAGCAAAACUUUGGGCCUGUAAUUUCUGUUUUCAAAGAAAUCAGUUUCCUCCGGCUUAUGGAGGCAUAUCUGAGGUGAAUCAGCCUGCUGAAUUGAUGCCUCAAUUUUCUACAAUUGAGUACAUGAUACAGCGAGGUGCUCAGUCCCCUCUGAUCUUUCUCUAUGUGGUUGACACAUGCCUGGAGGAAGAUGACCUUCAAGCACUCAAAGAGUCCCUGCAGAUGUCCCUGAGUCUUCUUCCUCCAGAUGCUCUGGUGGGUCUGAUCACAUUUGGCAGGAUGGUGCAGGUUCAUGAACUAAGCUGCGAAGGAAUCUCCAAAAGUUAUGUCUUCCGAGGGACCAAGGAUUUAACUGCAAAGCAAAUACAGGAUAUGUUGGGCCUGACCAAGCCAGCCAUGCCCAUGCAGCAAGCACGACCUGUGCAACCACAGGAGCACCCUUUUGCUUCAACCAGAUUUCUGCAGCCUGUUCACAAGAUUGAUAUGAACCUCACUGAUCUUCUUGGGGAGCUACAGAGGGACCCAUGGCCAGUAACUCAGGGGAAGAGACCUUUGCGAUCCACUGGCGUUGCUUUGUCCAUUGCUGUUGGCUUGCUGGAGGGCACUUUUCCAAACACGGGAGCCAGGAUCAUGCUGUUUACUGGAGGUCCCCCUACCCAAGGGCCUGGCAUGGUGGUUGGAGAUGAAUUAAAGAUUCCUAUUCGUUCUUGGCAUGAUAUUGAGAAAGAUAAUGCACGAUUCAUGAAAAAGGCAACGAAGCACUAUGAGAUGCUUGCUAAUCGAACAGCUGCAAAUGGUCACUGCAUUGAUAUUUAUGCUUGUGCCCUUGAUCAAACUGGACUUUUGGAGAUGAAAUGUUGUGCAAAUCUUACUGGAGGCUACAUGGUAAUGGGAGAUUCUUUCAACACUUCUCUCUUCAAGCAGACAUUCCAAAGAAUCUUUACUAAAGAUUUUAAUGGAGAUUUCCGAAUGGCAUUUGGUGCUACUUUGGACGUAAAGACCUCUCGGGAACUGAAGAUUGCAGGAGCCAUUGGUCCAUGCGUAUCUCUGAAUGUGAAAGGACCGUGUGUGUCAGAAAAUGAACUUGGUGUUGGUGGCACGAGUCAGUGGAAAAUCUGUGGCCUAGAUCCUACAUCUACACUUGGCAUCUAUUUUGAAGUUGUCAAUCAGCACAACGCCCCGAUCCCCCAAGGAGGCAGAGGAGCGAUCCAAUUUGUCACGCAUUAUCAGCACUCCAGCACCCAGAGACGCAUCCGCGUGACCACCAUCGCCCGAAAUUGGGCAGAUGUACAGAGUCAGCUCAGGCACAUAGAAGCAGCAUUUGACCAGGAGGCUGCAGCAGUCUUGAUGGCACGGCUUGGGGUGUUCCGAGCGGAGUCAGAGGAGGGACCUGAUGUGCUCCGGUGGCUGGACCGACAACUCAUCCGACUGUGUCAAAAGUUUGGACAGUAUAACAAAGAAGACCCCACUUCUUUUAGGUUAUCAGAUUCCUUUUCUCUGUAUCCUCAGUUCAUGUUCCAUCUGAGAAGAUCUCCAUUUCUUCAAGUGUUUAACAAUAGUCCUGAUGAGUCGUCAUAUUACAGACAUCAUUUUGCCCGGCAGGACCUGACCCAGUCCCUCAUCAUGAUCCAGCCCAUUCUCUACUCUUAUUCCUUUCAUGGGCCACCAGAGCCAGUACUCUUGGAUAGCAGCAGCAUUCUAGCUGACAGAAUUUUGCUGAUGGAUACUUUCUUUCAAAUUGUCAUUUAUCUUGGUGAGACCAUAGCCCAAUGGCGUAAAGCUGGCUACCAGGACAUGCCCGAGUACGAAAACUUCAAGCACCUUCUGCAGGCACCACUGGAUGAUGCUCAAGAAAUUCUGCAAGCACGCUUCCCGAUGCCACGUUACAUUAACACGGAGCAUGGAGGCAGUCAGGCUCGAUUCCUUUUGUCCAAAGUGAACCCAUCUCAGACACACAAUAACCUCUAUGCUUGGGGCCAGGAAACUGGAGCACCCAUCCUAACUGAUGAUGUUAGCCUGCAGGUGUUCAUGGACCAUUUGAAGAAGCUGGCUGUCUCCAGUGCCUGCUAAGCUGAGGAUGCAACCAGGAAAUUGAAGAGAACGGUGUCAGAUCGUGUUCAAAAUGUCUAGAAAGGCUUAAUAACAUUCCUGUUACUUUUCUAGCAGAUUUUAACAAAUAAUCAAGGAAAUUUUGUAUGUAACUCUUUAGAUUAUAAUUUAUUUGUAUUCCUGUCUUUGUCCUUUUUCUUGCACUAUAAAAUUAUAAGAUCAUAAAUGUUUUGGUACUUGUAGAUGUUUAUGUGCUUUUUGUAUCCUAACUUUUAGAAUCUAAAUAAAAUCAGAGGUAGUGUAUUUUGGCAACUUGUUUAGGUGAGAAUCUUAAUGAUCAUAAAGGAAAUAAAUCUAGAUGCAGAAAGUACUGGCUAAAAUAUUGCUAAUACAAAUGUGAUUUCCUGA